UGAUCACGUACAUUUGCACCCGACCGGAUAGCAACAGACUCUUAUCACGUGUCUUUUUCAAACAUUCAGUGGGUUUCGAGUUAUUUGCCAUCCUAUUGAAGUUAUCUACUAUCUUAACAGUCAGUAAAAUUCAGUUUCUAAUAUAUUGUGCCGCCAUGAUGAAGAUUGUUAUGGUUCUGUUAGGAUUCACAGCAAUGGUGUCUGCGCAACUCAAUAGAUACUUGUACAAUCCUGAUUAUUAUGGACGACGUUUUGCUAUAUUGCGACAAUCCCAAGACUCUUCUCCGGAUGGAUCGUACUCCUACAGUUACGACACAGAAAAUGGUAUAUCUGUAGCGGAACAAGGUGUACCGAAAUAUGUCGGACCAAAUCAGGUCGAGUCCGUACGAGGCCAGUUCAGUUACACUGCACCAGAUGGUACGCCGAUUUUGGUUACUUACACUGCCGACGAAAACGGUUUUCAACCGAACGGUGCCCAUCUACCAACGCCACCGCCGAUACCAGUCGCAAUACAACGUGCUUUGGCUCACAACGCGGCUCAUCCCGAAGAAGAAGAACCAUACAGACGAUACUAAAACACAUUGUCGUUCGAGUCUUGACUAUAGGAUCCUCUUUUCGAAGCAGAUUUACGCAGUAUAACAUACUUGGAUGAUGAACUUCCCGUUCCUCUACGACCAUGGUGAACUACCAAUAACAACAAAGAUUAAUCCUGGAAUAAUGAUGCCUGCGUUCAUUUUGACCCAGUCUUGUUUAAAUGCUCUAUCUAACUUCUCAGAUUCCGGCGACUAAUUUAAUUCAACUUUUUAAAUAAUUACCAACAACAUCUACGUGUCUUACUUACUUAAAUUUACUUGCGCGAAUUACCCUAAGUGAUUUACAAUUUCUUAUGUGGUUUUGAGAUGCCAAAGCUACAUUCGGAAAUAGUCCAGGCCAGUUACUUGAAUUCGGUUUAAUAAAGAAAUUUUCGGAGAAGUAUUUUCUUAACUAUGUCGAAAGCGAUAAAUAGGUAUAUUUAAAUGGACGUGGAUACGUAGCCUGUAAUAUUAUUAAAAACGUUCGCUUUCUGAGAGUUAAUAUCUUACGCUUAUGAAUAGAACAUAUUAUAAUUAUCAACAUGGGUUUUUCUUUGUAUUAGAUAAACCAGAUAUUGUAUUUAAAUGGUUGAGCGGUAAAACAAUUAAGUUGUUCGAGUAUCUAUUUUUGUACUUCUCAAUUUGUUAAUGAUGUCCUUGUCAUUUCACUUUUACGUUGAUGUAGAAGUAAAGAACGAUUACGGCAUUUAUAGCUGCGAUAUUGAUAAUAAAGAAUUAAAAGGGACGACGAGUUUCCCACUGUUUUAUGAUGUAAUGAACACGAAUAAAUUGGAAGUGAUACAAA